ACCCGUUUACAGCCGUACCUAUAUAAACAAAAACCGGUAUUAAAUAAUUUUCAAUACCUAUCCGAAGACAAUUGCGUGCGGUGCUGAACGUGGACCGCGUUUGCAUUUUGUUUUAUUUAUUUUUCGUCAAAGUCUCCAGCGGACUUCUUCGCGAUGGCAUUGACCAUCGUGUUGGGAUUGACUAUCUUAAGUGUAGCUAACUAUGGUAAUACUUAUGAAUUUGCUGGACAACUAAAGCCAACCAUAAAACCAUUUUCUGCACUGACUAACCAACAUUAUCAAGGAGACCAAUUCAAGCCAGCGUUCGGAUUCAAUAGUGUACCCCCAAAGCCCUUCGGAGCACCAUUCGAACACUUUAAACAACCGUAUCAAUCUUACCAACCCUACAAGGCAAAUUAUCAACCAUUCGGACCUUAUCCUGGUUACCCAGGACCUGUUGUAUACCCCGGCCACGGUGGUUAUCAAGGACCAGAGGCUUACCGUUUUGAUGAACCCAACCACAAGCCAUUUGGAUUCCAACCAUUCCCAGCACCGGUACAACCAGAGUUCAAUCAAUACAAGUUUGGACCAUCAAAAAAAUUCAAUAAAAAUUUCCCGGGACUUGCCGAUUUCAAUCAAGCUGGCAAAUACUUCCAAGAACACCAAUUUGGAGCAUAUCACGGACCUGAAUUUUCUUCUGCCAUUAUUCCUGCAGAACACAGCAUUAAACAAUCUAGGCCCAAGGAUACGUUAUUAGGCAAGCCGGUUGAAUUCGGAUUACCUAAACAAACCAGCUUUGGAUUCCCUUCUCUGCCAUCAUUCGGAUAUCCAGUACCAAACUUCCCACCAGUAAAGUCUUUCGCCAGCACCGUGCCGUCAGUCAAAAGCGUGCCCGCUACACUCAUCCCGGUAAACGCGGUUAAGGUCGAUCAAAAAUUUGGUGGAGCUGAAGUCACUACCGCAGUCAUCCCUUCAUCAUCGGCUCAAGACGAUUCGGCAACGGUGCAACAGCAAUCCGCGGAGGUCACCGGCGAACCAUCAGCAGUGACGCCCGCUGCGGACGCUCAGCCCACCAGUCCCGCUCAGGAGGAUGUCACUUCCGGUGCCUCUUCGGACGCCCAAGUCCCUGCCGCCGAAGUAGCGAUCAACAAUGAAGCACCCGCCGCCGAAGUAGCGAUCAACAAUGAAGUGCCCGCCGCCGAAGUAACAAACAACAAUGAAGCGCCAGCCGUCGAAAUACCGACCGAAGAUGGAGCUCUGCCAGCCGAAGCACCGAUCGCCAACGAAGCGUCCACCGGCGCAGUACUUAUCGACGGUGUAGUGCCAUCUGCUGAAGACGCCGCCAACGCCCAGGCCCAAGAGCAAGACGCCGCACAGUCAUCGUCGGAGAAGGCCAGCAACGUCGGCAGCGAGCAGACCGCUUCCGUUCCACAAGACUCCGCUAUUCAGGAACCCAGCCCUGUCGUGGUGGCCGAAGAAGUCAAGGAAACCUCCAGCACCGCACCGGCCCAGGCUUCGAACGAACCCAGCGAAACGCCAACCGCCAGCGGACCGGCGAAAUCCGAGUCAGUCGCAGCCGAGAACAAACCCGCGACCGGGUCUGCAGACGUGAACUUGCCGGGUUUACCCCUCGAACUGCAGAGCACGCAAUUCGGACCCGUUCCCAUCACGGACACGUCGUCUCUGGGUCAGUUCGGUUCGUCCGGAUUCCCGUACUUCGGACAGUCCGCCGGCGCCCAACAGCCGUCGUACUACCCCUACUUCGACGCACCCGGUUUCUCGGAAGAAGAACUUAAGGCGUUCGCGGCCAACUUCGCGGGCAACAACCCUGCAGCACAGUCGGGACAGGUCGUCGGAAGCGGCGCCAACCCAGAGGUACAGUUCACCCAGGGCGGUUCUUUCAGCAAUCCAUCGGCCGAGAUCGCCACCCUCCUCGAAAGCGCAAACUCUGCCAAGAGUCAAGACAAAGUCGCGAGCGACGAGAAACAAAAUACAACCCCUGCAAGUUCACCAUUGCCAUCGUCGUUGCCAUCAUCGUUGCCCAACAGCCUGAAAACAUCACAGCCGAAAUUCAACUCCGUACAAAUAAUCCAAAACGACCCGUUCAACGGACAGUUGCCCUUGUUAUAUGACCCAUCCAACUCCGCCUCACCAUUGGACACGUACAAGUUCUACAACCACCCGUCAGUGUCCAAGUGGUCAUCUCAAGCCUCUCUGGCCUCGUACUCGCCCGAGUCCGCGUUCAACAACUUCGGAUCACAAUUCAAUCAAGGCUACUUGGUCGAAGGGUCGCCUACGCUGACGCCGCUCACCAAGACAGUCGUGCAAUCCAGCCAGACACCGCUUUCCAUCUCGUCCCUUGACCAUCCGCUCCACAGCCAGGUGUUCAAGUACUCGCAGUCAUUCGUGCCAUACCCAGGACUGGUGGCCGACAACAACAACGCCGCCGCUUUCCAAUCCUUCGGCGUGUCGUCGUCCACGGCCGCGCCAGCCGAAGCCUCUUCCACCACAGCCGCCGACGCCGCUGCCGACGUUUCCGUCCAGUCGACUUCCGCCCCGGAAGUAGCAGUUGAGAGUAGCAGCAGCAGCAGCAGCAACAGCAACGCUCCAGCCGAAGUGUCAGCUUAAGAAGUUCGCUAUAUUCUUCCCGCCAUUCCCUCGCCCCCGGAAAUGGUCACUUUACACUUAUUUUCCUCGUUCUUCCAUUAACAAUCCAUCCAACAUUGCCUUUGUAUUAUCUAUAUAUUUGUGCCAUGAUGUUCGACGAUGAGUGCCAAUUAUCCGCAGGGUAGUUGUCAGUCAAUAUUUCAGAAGACUAUAAAUACAUAUAUACCUAUUGUAAUUAACUAUUGUACCGUGAUUGUUUUAUUUUUUUACACGAACGUAUUUAAAUAAAAAUUACUGCGUAUACAACAUAAAAGAA